AGCAACGGCAGCGGCCGCAGGCUGCGGCCGCGCGCAUAGCAACCGCUGGAAUGAGAGCGGGCAACGAAGGUGGCAGUCACUGUAGAUGGAGGAAAGUGAGACCCUCGAUUUCAAGGCUCUGGAAAGUGAGCUACAGACAGCCUUGUUCCUUGAUGAGAAACACAAACGGGAAAAUGAUGCAAAAUUCAGGGCCAUUCAUCAGAAAGUGGGAUCAUAUGAGGAAUUCAGGGAUAUUGUGCUGGCAUCGCACCUGAAACCCCUGGACUUGCGAGACAAGUUGGGAGCAAGGAAUCAACCCUGGAAUAUAUGUGCCCGGUCAACGAGCACAAAAGACAGUGUUCAGGUGGGACUAUCCAAGCACCCGAGUUCCCAGCCGAAGACAGCAGCGGAGUUUAUCCGUGACUGGAGAAGAUACUACAGCACUGAACCAGAGAAAUACACUUUCCUUCUCAACCUAGGCGGCCAGCUUUUGGGAAGCAUCUUUCAUGCUGAAAUUGGAUUUGGAUUUCUCGGUGAGUUCCUCGUCAUCCUUUGCAAUCACUUCCAACCGACGGAUGGCCAGGCAAUUUACUGGAUCCUGCUGCAUCUUUCCCAAACCCAACGGUUUGACCUGAAUAUGGAUUUCCUGAAUGGCCGAGAGAGAGAGAAAGGCAUGAGGUUGUUUCAGAUGCUGCAGCAGGAGCUGCAUGGCCCUCUGCGGCUGGGCAAUGAGGCAGAGCUGGAAGCUGUACAGGUGACUGCAGAAGAGGAGUGUGCUGCAGGGGAGAUGGUAAAUGCAGCAAUGCUACAGCAAUUAAUGGAAGUUUACAAAUUGAGCUAGUCCAGCCUUUGCAGCUCUGAAAGAUUUUUCCCCAUUUCACACUCUUGUGAUUCCCCCUGCACUUCAGACAUAGUAAAAUGUGAAUUUUAUUAAAUGGGAGGGUCAGCAGUUUUGGUCCAAUGUAAUUCCACUGCUGUCCAUUUAAAGAAAUACAGUUCCCACCACUUAAAUUGUCCACCUUUAAAAUGGGUAGUCAUUUAUAUUGGCCAAAAUGUGAUAACCAUUAUUCAUUUGUGUUAAUGCCAACUUCAAACUUGCUGGUUACAGCAAUUUAAGACUCUGUUUAUUUCAGGCCAAAGGAGAAAAGAGAGAGAGAAGUAUUUGUCUAAUCCAUCAGUCCAUCAUCUCAGUUGAAACAGAUGAAAUCACUUGUUGAAUCAGUGUUACUUGUAAUAGCGUUAGUUGUCCAGGUGCUUGUGAAACAUGAGCCAAAUGUUGUUCUUCAGGCACCAGUGGACCUGCUCGCUUUUGCAACAUUUUUGUUUUUUUAUUGAUUUUUCAGUUCUCUCUUAUCACAUGCUACAGUGUAAAUUUUAAACAUUCUAUCUCUCUAAUAACUGAAAUUGAACUGAUUUUUAAUUCUAUCCCUUUAUACUGGUUAUGGUGUAUAGUGGUCAAAUUGCAUUUGCAUGAACACACCCACAUGUGGUGAGGACUGUAUAUAUUGAGAACGAUUAGCCAUGACACAUUUCGGCCAUCGUAUUUUUGUGGGAUUAGGUUGGUCUGGAUUACCCCUCAGGCUGGAAGAAGUCACUGUUUCAGUUGCAACUAGCAGAGCUGUUCUGCCCCUGGGGCACGUAGGGCUCACUCUUGACAGUGAUGUUAACACUGUAGUGCAGAGGCACAGAGCCUUGGUUUGGAGGCUCUCUGCUGACGUUUGAAAAUUUGACAUUUUAAGAGAAUAAAAUGCUGACCACCUCACCAUCUAUAUUUGGUGACUACACCAAGAAAAAAUAUUUACCCAAGAUUUCCAUUUGUCUUUGAUCCACAGUUCCCAAAAUUCUUAAUGUCUUAAUUGGAUGAAGCUGCUGUCAUAUCUCAUUAUGCUGGCCCUCUGUGCGCACGCUUUGUGCAGACACUUGGACAAACUGUAUGUAAUUAGUUUGUACACAGGAAUAUUGCUGGGUUUGGGCAAUCGGUACCACAUGCAUCAGUUUGUUGAUCCAGGCCUACCCUCUCUGGGCCCUGAUUCCAGGCUCCUCCUCAAGCCCCAAUUCAGGGCCCUGGCUCCCACUGUCCAAUCUGGUUUACCUGGCCAGAGUGGAGCUUGUACAUCCCAUGCCUGCAUGGAUCAGUUGACUUCUGUUCCAGAUUCUGUAUAUGGCUGGAAAACUUGAUUGAGAUGUUACUCUGGAAAUUCCUUAACAAUGCUUCUUGAAGGGUGAAAGUGUUUGGGAGCAACUAUUCCCCAAUGUAGGACGUUCUUGUGGAUCAGUCAGAGAGUCCUGGCUCCUCUUCCAGAUCGAUGCUGUGCCAAGGCUGCAGGUGGGGAGCUGGUGGAUGACUUUGGGAUUGUGAUCUGUGGGAGGAUGGUGUCAGAUACUGAAUGAGAUUAAGCUCUGCUAGUUUGGGGAAGGUUCUGGGGUUUACAUUUUAUUAACAACAUGUUAACCCUAACAAAUUACAUAACCUUUUUCUUAAGAUUGGCUGUUAGGGGCUCACUCCAAACAUUAGUACCUCUGAGUCUAGUAUUUUAAUAUUAACAACGUUUUCUGUUUUCAAAAUAAGAUUAAUUAAUAAAA